AUGGAAGUGCCAUAUCCCAUGGUACCGUCCAAGAAAGAGAAGGACCACCAUCUGGUGAGAUUCCUAGACAUUUUCAAGAAACUGGAAAUAACUAUGCCCUUUGGAGAAGCUUUGCAACAAAUGUCACUCUACUCAAAGUUUUUGAAAGAUAUGUUGACAAGGAAGCACAAAUACAUUCACCAGGAGAAUAUCAUUGUGGAAGGCAACUGUAGUACUGUGAUACAGAAGAUCCUUCCACCAAAACACAAGGACCUUAGAAGUGUGACUAUUCCUUGUUCAAUAGGUGAAGUCACAGUGGGAAAGGGUCUCAUUGACUUGGGAGCCAAUAUCAACUUAAUGCCACUCUUCAUGUGUAGAAGGUUGGGAGAGUUGGAAAUCAUGCCCACCAGAAUGACUUUACAGCUUGCUGAUCAAUCCAUCACAAGGCCUUACAGGGUAAUUGAAGACGUUCUAAUAAGAGUUAAGCAGAUGGUCUUUCUAGCUAACUUCGUGGUCAUGGAUGUGGAAGAAGGCCAUGAGGUUCCCAUCAUUUUGGGAUGA